UGCUGCUCUCUAGCUCCGCCCCUGACGGCGAGUCUGCGACGGAGAGGAGAUGACGCCUCUCCUCCCCGUCGCCUUCCUCCUCCUCCUCUGCCUCCCGGAGGCCUCACUCGCCGCAGGGGACCCGACCCCGACCCCCUGGCCUCCGCAGUUCCACGCGAAGCUGGUCAUGGACUACCACGGCAACCUGUCCGUCGCCGACCUCUGGUACGACUGGCCGGGUGGCCGCAACCUGCACGUCAUCCGCUACCAGCUCGCCGCCGACGCGCCCUACUACGACAACGAGUGGAACAACGGCACCUCCUUCUUCUACACCCCGUCGCGCCGCGCAUGCCGCUCCGUCGCCGUCGGGGUCGGCAUCCUCCGCCCCGACUGGCUCCAGCCCGGCGCGGUCUACCUCGGCCGGCAAGACGCCGGCGGCUUCGACUGCCACGUCUGGGCCAAGGCCGACUUCAUCACUUACUACGAGGACGUCAAGACCAAGCGGCCCGUCAAGUGGGUCUUCUACACAGGUAGGAUCGACUAUGUGAUGAGCUUUGAGGUGGGAGCGGUGCUGGAGGAUGCGGCGUGGCAGGCGCCCGAGUACUGCUUCACCAAGGACGCUGGAAUUGCCGAGACCGCCGGUGGGCACCAUGAUGACAGUUUCAUCCCCAGGAGUGCGUUGUGAGGACUUCGUGUUGGUUCCCUGUAGUCUGUAGAGAGCUUAUUAAGCUUUGAGCAUCAGAAGUUCAGAACAUGCAUGCAUGGAGGUGCCCUGUAAUUGUGCAAAAGCUAGCAGCCUGACUAUGCUUUGCAGUGCUUUUUGCUUGGACAUGAAAUCCUGGAUCUGGUUGCGCAAUGUAAUAUGGCAUAUGCUAUCAUGCGAAUAAUGUACUAAGUGCACAUAUAUAUGGUGGGAUGCUCUGAUCAGAUGCGAAUAAUGUAAUUCAUUCAUAGCUUGUUA